ACAAAGAACAGAAAAUCCACAAGUACUCUUGUCGUCCUAAGUUGUCAUCCACAUGGGCACGAGCAUGGCAAAGUGGCUGGCUCUCCGCGCUUCGGUUCUGGCAGCGUUGGCCGCGGUGUGCGCGGCGGAUUGGUCGCCGGCGACCGCGACGUUCUACGGCGAGCCCGACGGUUCCGGGACGAUGGGCGGCGCGUGCGGGUACGGCAACCUGUACGACCAGGGUUACGGCAUCAACAACGCGGCGCUGAGCACGGUGCUGUUCAACGACGGAGCGUCGUGUGGGCAGUGCUUCAUGAUCAUGUGCGACGCCAGCAAGACCGGGUGGUGCAAGCCCGGCUACGGCACCAUCACCGUGUCGGCAACCAACCUGUGCCCGCCCAACUGGGCGCUCCCCAACGACAACGGCGGGUGGUGCAACCCGCCGCGGCAGCACUUUGACAUGUCGCAGCCUGCCUGGGAGACCAUUGGCAUCUACCGCGCCGGCAUCGUGCCCGUGCUCUACCAGCGCGUCAAGUGCUGGCGCACGGGCGGGGUCAGGUUCACCAUCGCCGGGUUCAACUACUUCGAGCUCGUGCUCAUCACCAACGUCGGCGGCAGCGGCUCCGUGGCCAGCAUGUCCAUCAAGGGGAGCAACACUGGGUGGAUCCAGAUGUCAAGGAACUGGGGUGCCAAUUGGCAGUGUCUCGCGGGGCUUGCCGGGCAGGCGCUCAGCUUUAGCGUGACCACCACCGGCGGGCAGAACCUGGUCUUCGACAACGUCGCGCCGGCCUGGUGGCAGUUCGGCCAGACCUUCGGCACAUACAAGCAGUUCGACUACUGACACAUGCAUGCAUGGAUCAUGUGUAUAGACCGAGUGCACUAUAUAUGUUUUGUUCUUGCGUUUCCAUCACAUAAUCAUAUACCACAUGUAUGUUUCUGUACAAAAGCACACAAUUUAUUAGUGCGUUACAUUGGCAUUUAUACCAUUAAUUGGAUGUCCUGGAGCUCGGCAUAUGUCUCACUUAACAAGGGACUUUUCCGAAUUAGCAACAUUGAAUCAAGCCAUCUUUCGGCCA